AUGGAAGAGGCAAUUUCUGCAUCUUCUUUUCGAAUUAAACCCUUUUUCAUUCCCUUCAUAAUGCUAAUGGUGCAUCUGAAACUCAAUGGUAGGCAUCUUGAGACUCAGUUUGGAGAUGAUGUGGGUACUCUGAAAGUCAGUGGUGCAUCUUACAUUCAGUUAAUUGGGUCUUGCUCCUUGACGAUUAGACUGUUGUCCUUGUGGGUACUAGUUACCGACAAUGUUUGGGCUUAUGAGGUUCCAGAAUUGAAGGUGUGUGCUUUGAGGUUCACAAUGACAGUCAGGGCAAGGAUUGAGAAGGCUGGUGGUGAAUGCUUGACACUCGAUCAGUUGGCUCUUAGGCUCCUCUUGGACAAAAUACGGUGGCUACUUGUAGCCGAGUAG